AUGGUGUAGAAGGCGCGAACGCAAAAUCGGACUAUCUAUUGUCAAUCAUGGUGGAAUUGUGCUGUUUCCGACUAGUAUCUGACAUCCGGCAAUGGCAUUCUUCCGGUUAGCUUACCUAUUCAACCGCGAAAGGCGGAUUCAACGGUAUUCCUGCGUUUUUCGAGAGCCGCGGCGAGGAUGACGUCCUGUUUCGAGAAUAUGCAGGUGCCGUCCUGCGUCUGGUUCGAGGGCGGCGAGAAGAGAAACGCACUUAUUUCGAUGCUUGCAGGCACACUGUUUUUCGUAGGAUGGUGGUUUAUAAUAGAUGCGCAUGCAAAAUAUCCUGAUGAAAUGUCAAAUGCGUACCAUGUUUGUGGAGUAUUUGGUACUAUAUCACUUUUCAUGGUCAAUUCAGUAACAAAUGCACAGAUAAGAGGAGAAGCUUAUAAUGGUGGUUGUUUAGGAGCAAGAGGUGCUCGAAGUUGGCUGUUUAUUGGGUUUGUCAUGGGAUUUGCAGCAGUAAUAGCAGCCUGUUGGAUCUUGUUUGCCAACUUCGUAGCGGCAGGUAGCGCACCACAUCAUUGGCCAGGAGUAGGAUUGUUCUUGCAGAAUAUUUUCAUUUUCCUGGGCUCGCUCACAUAUAAAUUUGGUCGAUCCGAGGAUCAAUGGGGUUAAUAGAUGUGCGUGUUGCUGGUGUAAAAUAUUUUUAUUGCCGCAUAGUCAAAUCGGCACCAAGCGAAGCUCAGUUGGAGAAACUCAACAUCAACAUUCGAGCGUGAAAUUAAAUUCGAUUACAACAAAUUAUUCUUAUUGUAAACAUUUCCUUAUACAUGUGACAAUUUUUAUUUAUAUCAGAACCGUGAAAAUAGAUAGCAAUUACAAGUUACAAAUAUGCAUAUAUAUAUAUAUAUAAUUUACUGUAAAUGUAAGGAAACUAGAUUAUUAACUUUUGUGUGAUAGAAUUAUACACUACGCUACGCUAAUAAUUUUAAAUCAUAUCGAUAACUUUUCGAUCUGUGCAUUAUCAGAUCCCAUAUUUAUACAUCUUUUUCAUUGUUUCGUUGGUAUCUUCUAUUUGAUACUUUUACAAGAAAGAUAAUCACAAAUGUCUGAUAUAUUGAAGUUAAAUAAAUGAACUGUGUCCAAGAAAAAA